GAUCGUGAUGUCUACUCUGCCGGAAGGCCAUACUCUGGAUCAGGUGAUUGGAUUGCGUCGGUAUGAGUGUGAUCGUCUUCCCUCAAGAGUGGACAACACAUCAGAAGUGAUGUGCCCCAGGGAGUUCGACGGCUGGACCUGCAUAAACGCCACUUCAGCCGGAGAUGUGGCAUAUUUCCCAUGUCCUUUUUUCAUCUUGGGCUUCGACCCUAAAAGGUACGGACUGAGAGUGUGUCUAGAAGAUGGAUCAUGGUUCAAGCAUCCGGAGAGCAACAAGACCUGGUCCAACUACACAACUUGUGUUGACAUGGAGGACUUACAGUUAAGGACUCAAGUUAACUUCAUUUACAAGACUGGCUACACGGUGUCACUGGCAGCCCUUAUCAUCUCAAUUAUAAUAUUCUUUUACUUCAAGUCUCUGACGUGCACAAGGAUCCAGAUCCACAAGAACCUCUUCAUCUCACUGGCACUCAACAACUGCUUGUGGCUCAUCUGGUACGAGGCAGUCGUUGACAAUCUGCCCGUCCUCAUGGAGAAUAGGGCUCUUCCUCAAUCUGGACAGGGUGCCGAAGUGCCUAGGGAAGGCUACUGGGACACUGCCUACGUCUUGUGUAUUCCUUGUGGGUGGGGUUGA